GUUUUUUUAUGCUAUAUUCUCAGAUUAUCAGUGUAAUUUAUAUUUGAGAUUGUCUUGGGUUUUAAUUUCAAUUUUAUUUUAUUUUUGUUGGAUGCUUCUUUCAAUGAAAGAUUUAACUUGCUUUACCUGAUAAUUUUAGGUUACCUUUGCUUAUAAUUUUGAGCUACUUUGGUAAUUAGGUCCUCAAACAUCUACGAAAACACUCAUAAGUUUUUCAUUUUGGUGACUGAUGGAAAUGCAAAAUGAAAUGAAUGAAUAGAAUAAUGAAAAUUGUUCUAAUCAGUUCCACUCUAGCGUUACUUCAAUAAAAUAAAAAUAUUGAAUUUUUUUCCCUUCGUGUGCCUCCAAAUUAACAUUCCUACCUUAAAUCAUAGUCAUGCUUUAAGAAUAUUUAUGCUCCAAAUUAUUUGUUAAAUUCUUUCCAAAAUAGGAUCUUUGCAUAUAUUCAAUUUAUGGGUGUUGUGAUUCUUUACGAUCCCAAUUAUUUAUUAAAUUCUCUCUAAAAUAGAAUCUUUGUGUAUAUUCAAUUUAUCGGUGUUGUGAUUCUUUACGAUGUCUCUGGUGUUGCACUAUAUAUAGAUUAGUAAAGUGAUCAGAGUAUCAAUGAAUCCUCAACAAACAAGAAAUCGUCCUGGCAACGCAACAGAAUUUUACAAAUUGUUUGCGACUUCACUAACGCCGUGUGUGUUGGAUCGUGUGUGUAUCCUGGGAGGAGGUUUUCAAACUACAAAAGUUUCCAUGAUACAAAAAGGGAUGUCGUGAGAUACAUGAAGAAUCUGUUCGACAAAAUUUGAAGGUUCACAUGCUAUUAUUUGUCAGCUUGAUACUUCUUUGACUUUUCAUUAUUUGCAGGACAAGAUCCAUGUUUAGUCCUGAAUCUGGUUCAUAUCUUUAAUUUCUUUUUGUUUCAUUUGGGUAUCACUGCCUGUGACCAAGCUAUAUUUUUUUAACCCCAAUGCAUUUAUAUUUUAUCUAGCAGUACACUAUGGGAGUGGGAUGGAGAGUAAGUUGUUCGGAGGUACUAGGGGGUGGGAUGGUCGAACAUGCGGAUUGAGUGGGUGUGGAGACAAUAAACUUGGAAUGUUGCCGAUAACCAUUCUCUUAUUUCAGGCUUUGGGUACUGGAUUUACACAAUUUGCUCAACCAGUAUUCCAAAGGUGCAUUACCAAAACAUUCCUUCAAGUCACCUGGUUCAACAAUAUUUUGUAUUUUUAUUGCUUCAUCUAAUAUAUUCUUUAUUCAUGUAGCAUACCUCACAUUUUUUGCAAGAAAAGAGGCAUGAAAAUUUAUAUGAAGUCAAUGACUUCAUAGCAUGCCCUUCUAUUUGAUACUACUGGUUUGGGUAAAGAAUAAUACCAAAGAUUACCUCCUUGUGUACAUCGUUGGCUAAAGUAUGUACUUAUAUCAGAUUUAUUGGUCGGUAUUUCUAUGUUCUCUAUACAUGUAAAAAAUAAAGUUGUAUCUUAAUCCCAAUGGGUCAUUUCCAAAUGUCAUUCCAAUUGAAAAUUAGAAAUCCUGUGGUGGCUGCAUUUUAUAUUUCUAUUUCUUCAUUUUAUACAUUAAAUCUCACUUUUGAUCGUUUUACAUUUUGUCACUACUAAUUUCAUCUGUAAUACAAAUGCACAAUAAAACAAAUCUAUUAACUUUGCUCAUGUUGUUUGCCCGGCCAUUUUUACUAGUAUAUACAUAUAGCAAGAAAUUAUACUUGCCACACAUACUAUUCAGUCCAAAAUAUUACACACCAUGAAAGUGUUAGCAAUAACACUAUGGGUUCUCUUGUUUUUUAUUUUGAAAAAUACCAAGUUUGUCAUUUGUGUAGGGAUUUGUAGAGAAAACGAGCAACGAGCAUUGGAGACCUUGAAGAAAGAAAUACACGAUCCAUCGGAUAUUCCAUCUUCUUGGAUUGUCGGAAAAGAUUGUUGUGAAUGGGAAGGGGUCGUGUGCAACAAUCUAUCUCGUCAUGUGAUUGAACUACAUCUAGGUUAUGUAACUCGUCAUGAAGAGAUUGGGCGAGGUAUGUUUUUUGAUAGGCUCGAGUUUACUUAUCCAAGGAUAAAUAGCCUUGAGUGGCUGCCAAGUCUUUCGAGUCUUGAGAACCUACAGAUGGUAAGUGUUGAUCUUAGCAAAGUUAAUGAAUGGCUACAGGUUAUUAACAUGCUUCCUUCUCUUGUUGAUCUUCGUUUAUCCAGUUGUAGUCUUCAUCAUAUAACACCUCUACUUGAUCAUCACAAUUUUUCUUCACUCAAAUUUCUUGAUCUUUCUUUCAAUUACAAAUUAAGCUCUUCUGUUCCGAAAUGGGUUUUCAACCUCCCAAAUCUCAUUUUUCUUGACCUGAGUUACUGUAAUUUUACUAGCCCAUUUCCUGAUGGUCCAGUUAACUUGACUUCUCUCACAACCUUCAAGGCUUCUGGAAACUUUUUCAAUUGUCGUUUACCCAAAUGGUUGUUUGAUUUUAAUAAUCUUGAACAUCUUGAGCUUUCUAGUAAUAUGCUUUCUGGAAAGUUACCAAAUGUAAUUGGAAAGUUAGGGAAAUUAGAAUACCUUGAUCUCUCAUAUAAUCAAUUUGAGGGAGAUAUUCCUAUAAGUGUAACACGUCUUGCAGGAUUAAGAUCAUUUAAUCUUUCCAAAAAUAACCUAACUGGUAGGAUUCCAAAUGACAUUGGUGACAUGAAAGUCUUGAAAACUGUUGAUCUUUCAGAAAAUCAACUUUAUGGUCAAAUCCCACAAAGCUUUUCGAGUUUGCCCACUUUGAGCUACUUGAAUCUAUCUGAUAACAAUUUGUCAGGUAUGAUACCAGUGAGCACUCAACUUCAAAGCUUUGAUUCCACGAGUUUUCAAGGAAACAAACUCUGCGGACUUCCACUCUUGGUGAACUGCAGUUCGGAUGGUAAUAUUCCAAAUAACAAGCAUGAAGAUGAUGAGAGUGACAAAGAUGAAGUAGAUUGGUUUUACAUUUCAAUGGCUAUAGGAUUUGCACUAAGCUUUUGGGGUGUUUGUGGUUCAUUGUUUUUAAGAGGUCAUGGAGACAUGCUUAUUUUCGUUUGUAUGCUUACAUUUCUCAUGUUAGCAAUCAUGUUGUUUCAUUGUAUAUUCAAAUGAAUGUUUCUUAAGAUGUUCAAACAAUGUUGUUUCUUUCAUAGUUCCAAUUUUCUUUUUUCAA